AUGGAGCCAAUGCUGCGUGAAGCAGCCUCAGCUGUUUGCGGCCGCUGUCAUUUUUUGCUUCGGAGGUCAGCUCACGGUAGCUGGCCAGCUCGACUGCCAAUUCGUCGCGCAGGAAGAACCACAACAUUAGCUGACGUCGACCGACUCCUGCCACCCACAGGCAGGAAGCUUUCAAUCUCGACAGCACGACGCUUUACUUCUAGCUCGAAUUCCAAAUCACAAGCCGAAGCAUCCAGAACUGAGGCAGUAUCUUCAAAGCUAAGGCUUAGUCAAGAUGAUCUGUUCCACCCCUUUUCCUCGUCUCCCGUGCCCGAGUUCCGUCGCAGAGCGGCAUUCAUGAGACAACAUGCAUACUGUCCUCACCCCGAUCAUGCGCCAACAAAACUUCCUACUGUGACGCAAAAGCCUGAUGGUGAUGAAGGCGCGAAUCCAAAUAUGCCUCCGGCGCAUGUUGACUUUGAGUGCCCUGACUGUGGCUUUCCUGUUUAUUGCAACGAAGAGCACUGGAUGGACCAUUACGAAGAGCACUUGAAGAUCUGCGACACUUUACGCCAGAUCAACGAGGAUGAUCAUGAUCUCCGAUCCGGACGCGUCUUCCAAGAGGGUAACCUUCCUGACUUACAGCUUGACGAAGCAGCAGUGAAUAUGACGAACUGGGACACUUUCAUGUAUACCCGAGAAUUUGCAGCUGUCAAUUCGGACCGUUCUAUGAGGCAGAUUACGCGGCUUCUUACGUAUCCCGUUACAAUUGGCAGUAUUUUGCAUGAGCUGAGCCCUUAUAGUAUGAAGAAGGGAGGGAGGCUGACCGCAGAGGGCUUGAAGAGCUUCAGCGCCUUGCGAUAUAAUCUGCAUCCUCCCAAAAGCGGCCGAGGCUCAAGCGUGAAUCAGCUUCGACCGGAACCGCCGCCAGUCAGAGUAUUUGUUCUCGGCGCUCGAGCUGAAUCAUCUUUGCCACGGGCCGCCUGGGUCCAACUGGCUCAUCUCUUUCCAGAAUCAAGGCUUCAUCUGGUGCUCAUUGGCCCCGAGAGCAUGGCCAAUCGCGAUGACGAGUUUCCCCUCCCAGCACGAACGCCGUCAAACCCGUUCGGUGCCAUAGUAGAGGACCGCAUUUGGUAUAAGAUGAAGAUUAGCACCAUUGUCGACUAUUACCACACGAUCCACAAGACGGGGCAUUUUGCGCCUUAUGACCCUUACUUUGACUGCUUUGUCCUGUUUCACCCUGGUCUUGGGCACCCUGCGAGCAGUCACGAGUGGGAAGAGACCUUGCCGAUGCUUCUGGAGACGAAGGUGCCUAUCAUCUCCACAGGGUACACUCAGUUCGAUCUUGAAAGAGACGUCGAGUGGGUGCACAAAAAAUCCAAAGGGGAAUUCGAUGUUCUCCUUGAGCCUGGUGAGAACAUAUUUCGAAGCUUGAGAUGGGACUUGAACGACAUGGACCCGCAGGAUGUUAGCUGCGGCAACUGGGGAGUCUGGGCCUUCCGAGGCAAAAGAUAUGAGGCAACCAAAAAGGAGCUGUAG